AACUAACCGAUGAAAGUAGGGAAUCUCAUAGAUUAUAAACUAUGUUCUGCAGAGAUACACAGUAAGUCUCGCGAAGUAGCCCAUUGUACAUUUAUACGGUUUGUUCCUAACAGGCAGCAGAUGCCCCCGCCCGCCUCCACACUAAUCCUAAUAAUAUGGAGACUGUAAAGCAGUAUAGCCGGCCAGGAACAACGGAUGACACCCUUCUCUCGUCGCGAGCGCAGCUCGGGGCAAUCCAGAGUAAUGCAGUCCGCAUUUUAUCUCCAACCUUUCUGCUCUAUGCGUAAACACGGAAGUCGUUCCCGGAAACGUUGCCUUGGCUUGCUGUCAGAAUCUCAAUCUAAAUCGGAGCAUUGGUCCUGUUUCAGCCGUAUCUUACCACUGUACCACUGUGUGAAGUCACGAUGCGGUUCACAGCGUUUUGUAUUGUUUUUAUCUGCGUGUUUCAGGCUGGUACGUAUACAUUUCUGGUAGGAGGAAAUGUAAUUCCACAGACAGCAGUAGCAGGUAAGACUGAAGAUGUUAAAGCCCCAGAAGACAACACAAAGGAAAAUUAUUCUGCUAAAGAUGUGAAAGUAUCUAUAAAUUCUGACAAUAAUGAAGUCAACAAAAUAGAGGAUAUGCCUUCAAAGAACAAAGCUGAUCCAGUGAACUCAAUGGUUGAAAACACAGAUAAAAAAAAACAUCCUACUGACUUUACUAAACAGGAUGACGCAGGAACCAAACCUACACCUUCAGUGAAUGGUAAAGUUGAUGAAGAAAUCAAACCUACACCUUCAGUGAAUGGUAAGGUUGAUGAAGAAAUCAAACCUACACCUUCAGUGAAUGGUAAGGUUGAUGACGAAAUCAAACCUACACCUUCAGUGAAUGGUAAGGUUGAUGACGAAAUCAAACCUACACCUUCAGUGAAUGGUAAGGUUGAUGACAAAAUCAAACCUACACCUUCAGUGGAUGGUAAAGUUGAUGCAGAAACCAAAUCCAAAACUUCUGUAGAUGGUCCAAAGGAAUCAAAUAAAGGAGCUACGGAUGAUCAAAAUACCACCAUUCAGAAUUCCGAAGAGGAUCAAGAAGUUGGAGAAGCAGAAACUGAGACUAAAGAACUAGACCAAAAAGCUACUUCACCACUUGCAGUUACUGAGGAUGAGAUUGAGGAUGAGGAGGAUGGCGAUGAUGAUGAUGAUGGUGAAAUUAGUAAUUAUGAUCCAAAUCCUCAAGACUCUGCUGUUGACCGAAAAUCAGAGAUUAAAACACUUGACAAGAAAACUAAAACGAAAGACAAUCUUCAGCUAGAGGAGGCCCCAGAGAACAGCCACUUCUUUGCCUACCUCGUCUCUGCUGUAAUACUGGUGGCUGUGCUCUACAUUGCCAAUCACAACAAGCGCAAGAUCAUCGCAUUUUUCGUUGAGGGCCGGAGAUCAAGAGGCUCACGGAGACCCAAAACAUCAGAUUACCAAAAACUCGAGCACCAUUGAGGAGGUCCCAGAUGUUCCUUUGAUUGACCUGUAGGUGGUGGAUGAAUCAAAAUAUUUUGACUGUGACAUUGAAACUUAAAUGAUUGAUUAUGAAACAUACAUCAUGAUUGUUUGGCAGUUGUUACUUAACUCACCAAAUUAAUACUAAUAAUGACAAAUCCUUAAAUGUACAUCGCAUGUCACUGCAGUCAGGUGUGUUAGAAACAAAGUCUGUUGUAGUUCUCCAAAUUACCAGGGUUUCAUGAUCUUCAAUCAAGAUUAAAGUGAUACAAUUUUUUUUUUUUACUCCGAUUUAUUACUAAACUAAUUGUCUAAAAGAAGGAAACAAUAUGUAUAUUUUUAAAAGUACUUGCAGACAUGAAAGAUGAUUGGAAAUGAAUGAGUUUUUGCAGGCAUUGUUGCCAUUAUGAAGUUUUGAAUAAUAACGGGUUGCUGAUUGAAGUCUUAACUGAAAGAUGAGGUCAUAAGGCCGUUAAUGAUUGAAAUUUAUAGGGCUGUGAAUUGCACUUUCUACCUGUGUCGAUAAGGAAACGGGUGGUAGGCUUUUUCAAGUGUUAAUGUUUCCACAUGAUGGAUGUUCUGCACAACCACCUCCAGAUCAAACACUUCUCUGCACUCUCUGACAGUGAGAAUGUGGUGAAAUCAACAUUUAUAAUCAUUUUAUCUAUUAUUUUAAGUUGUGUAUUACAAGAAAUAGGAAAUCAGAUGGGAUUCGAACCAUGGUCGCUAGGACAACUGAACACAGCUGACACCUAUUUAGUUUUUCGUAUAUUUCUCUUGUUCCACCAGACUAUUGGGGUGCAAAUAGCUGACCUUUGUAUAAUUAAUACAAUAAUCCUGAAAGUGUUGAGCUCCAUCGUCCCUCAGCUGUCAUUAAAAAAACCUGCAAAUAAAAGUGUUUAUAUAAGAGUCUGAUAGUUGCAGCAGUAAAGAAGAAUGGUAUUGGUGUAGUAUUUAAUUACCACACUUGAUUUAGUAAACAAGCAAGAGACAGGUUUGCCGUCUGUGCCCUGAUACGAGAGAUUUAUACUGUUUUAAAUUUGUUUUAUGCCAUGUUCUGUUGUGCAGACUGCAUAUUUUCCAUCAAACCUGUGGGUGAUAAUUCAAGAAAUGACAAGUGACUUUGCACAUAACCACUUCUUGAAAUGCUGGACCUAUUUUGAAUUAUGUGGGUUAAAGGGGAUUUUGAAGGGGAUUUUACUUGCCUGUCUACUGUGGUCUAUGUUGUACCUCUAUUGCAACUUUUUCACAAGUAAAGGCUUGAAUUUC